GAUAUGUAUUCCAAACCUCCAAGACACACCCUCCUAUCUUAAAGCUCAUUCAUUUCUAAAAGAGCUAAACAUCAAAAUAAAUCAAAAAUGAAUUUUGAAACUUCACAAUGGUUUCAAAACUCCAUACCCAUCACCAUUUUCACCUUCUUAUUUUUCACCUUCACUCUUCUCUUUUCCUUCUUCUCAUUCCUCAUCUUCAUUUUUAGAAUGAAACCAUGGUGCAGCUGCAACAUUUGUUGGAGCUACCUAACAAUGAGUUGGGCCAAUGAAUUUAUAAAUAUAAGUGAUUGGUACACUCACCUUCUUAAAAAAUCACCAACCGGUACCAUUCACAUACACGUGCUCAACAACACUAUCACGUGCAACCCAAAAAACAUAGAACACAUUCUCAAAACACGAUUCGACAACUACCCAAAAGGAAAACCGUUUUCCGCGAUCCUCGGCGAUCUUCUUGGUAACGGAAUCUUUAACGUUGACGGCGUUUCGUGGAACUUCCAACGGAAAAUGGCGAGCCUUGAACUAACGAGCGUAACGGUUCGUUCCCACGCUUUGCAAAUCAUCACCGAAGAAAUUCACACGAGACUCAUUCCUUUCAUGAUUUCAUCCGCACGUGCCGAAAAAGUUAUCGACUUACAAGACAUCAUGCGACGUUUCUCUUUCGACAACAUAUGUAAAUUCUCCUUCGGGUGGGACCCACUCUGUCUUCAACCAAAUUUACCUGUUUCCGAAUUAGCUGAAAACUUCGACAUUGCGUCGAAGCUUUCUGCUAUGCGUGCUAUGUCAGUGCUACCACUGACGUGGAAAAUCAAACGGUUUUUAAAUGUUGGAUCGGAGAAGAAACUUAAAGAAGCAAUCCUCGUAGUGAACAAUUUAACUGAGAAGAUCAUCAACAAGUGUAGAGAAAUUGGAUUUUCGACGAGAAAUGAUCUUCUUUCGAGAUUCAUGUGUUCCGUAAACGACGACAAAUAUUUAAGAGAUAUAGUAAUUAGUUUUCUAUUAGCUGGUCGUGAUACGGUGGCGGCAGGUUUAACAUGUUUGUUUUGGUUAUUAAAAAGGAAUCAAAGGGUGGAGAAAAUUAUUCUAGAGGAAGUGAACCGGGUAAUGAACCCGGUUCAAGAAUACCCAAAUUUUGAACAAAUACGUGAAAUGAAUUACCUAAACGCGGUCGUUUAUGAAACAAUGAGACUUUACCCGCCGGUUCAGUUUGAUUCAAAAUUUGCAAAAGAAGAUGACGUGUUACCGGAUGGGAGUUAUGUGAAGAAAGGGAGUCGGGUGACUUAUCACCCGUAUGCAAUGGGUCGAAUGGAGCGGGUUUGGGGAUCCGAUUGUUGCGAAUUUAAACCGGAGAGAUGGUUGAAAGAUGGGGUGUUUGUGAAUGAGAGUGUGUUUAAGUAUCCGGUUUUUCAAGGUGGUGUUAGGGUGUGUUUGGGGAAGGAAUUGGCUUUGAUGGAAAUGAAGUGUGUUAUUGUUGCUUUGGUUAGAAGGUUUGAGGUUCGAGUUGAGGGUAAUGGUGAGAUUCAAUUUGUUCCGGGUCUUACUACCACUUUGAGGGAUGGGUUGCCGGUUCGAGUCUUUGAAAAAUGAUAAUAUUGCUGCCAGCUGAUAUAUAUUAUUUAUUUACAUUGGUAUAUUGUUACAUUAGUAGUUCUUAAGUUCACUUAGGUGUACUAAUUUGUUAUGUAAGUAGUGCAUAAUUGAAAAUAAAUCAUAUAACAUAUUAUAUGUUAUAUUGUCAUGGAAAACAAUCUCGUAGCUAAAUUGAAAGUUUACCCUCUUUAUUUA